UCUGGCAUCUGUGGGCGGUGGGCUACCUGCAAGGCUACAAUGGCGCCCAAGAAAGGGAGGGGAGAUCAGCCAUUCUUUCCGGUCAGUUAAGACAAGCAGAAGGAGGCGGAGCUGAAGUUUUGCGGCUUUAAGUGGGUUACGAAUGGGCAGACAAUGCCGAAUUUGAAUGGCAAUUUCCUCAUGGAGUGCAAGCUGUGUGGUUAGGGUUUUCAGGGGAGCCAGACAAAAGCCGCACAGCACUUCACGAUCAAGAACAAAUGCGCCAAAAUCUCCGUGGAGCAGAUGGCGGAGAUAUGGAACAAGACAAAGUAGCCAUGCACGGAAGAUCGUGGACUUUCUGAAGUCUCAUGGGUUGCGAGACAACAGAUGUGGAUCGGGGAGGGAGGCAGAGGGGAAUGAGGAGUUUGAGGACAGCGAGGAGGAGAGGAGGGAGGUCGAGGGUGGAGAUGAUGAUAGUGAGAGUGAUGCAGAGGACACGGAGGUGCGGCGAGAGGUGGAGCGUGCCAGGGGAAAGCUGAGAAAGGAGAAGCCGUUGACGAGGACAGCACCCCUGACGAGGACGCCGACGACGAUGAUGAAGAUGAGGGAGCAGACCUUGGGGCCUCAUUGGAUGGGGGGUUCAUGGGCGAUGGUCGUCGAGACAGCAGAGGCCGUAGUGGAGCGAUGGAAGGAUGUGUUCGACAAGUUUGGUGUCAACAAGGUGAACGCCAUUUGUACUGAUUCCGCGUCUGCGUAUGUUGCUGCAUCCAAGCUCCUAGCCCAGGAGGAAGUCAAGUACAGCCGCAUCACUUGGCUUCCGUGUGCGGCCCAUGUCUUCAACUUGUUGUUGUCAGACAUCGCGAAGGAUGGGCGCGACGGGAGCCUCGGGAAGAGGGAGGACACCAUCAUCAGGUCUCGAGCUGUCGUGCGUUUCAUCAGAGAGCACGGGGCGGCUCUGAGCCUUUAUCGACAGUUCUCUGCCGCCCACCCCUCUUCCGCCUCCGCGGCGGCUGGUGGUUCGAGAUCUGCGCCGCCCUCGUCUCAGCGACGAGGCAGGGAGCUUGUGUACCCUAGCGUUGGAGGCGUUGAUGAUGAGCGACGAUUGGCUGCGGACUGCAUGGAGGAGGUCCAUUUUUCUGCAGGCCAGAUGGCUGCGUCAUCAGGUGCGGUACGCGCCAUUCUGGGAGCUGUGGAGAACAUCGUGGCGCUCAUGACGUCUGUGAUGCAGUUGCUAUGGCGUCUGGACAGGGGGGGUCGCGUGAUGACUCGAAUGUGGUCAUGGGGUUUUGUCAUGGUCGACAGGGUGGCGAGAGCAAGCCUUAACAGGAUGUCGAAGGACGAGCUCCACAUCGUUUUUCAGGCUUGUCAGGCGCGGGUCGCUCAUAUGUUGGAGCCCUUUCAUUGCAUGGCCCACCUCCUCAAUCCGCGGCAGAGGAGCAUUACAUUUUUUGGAGCGGCGAGGCGUACCGACCACGAGCGGAUACUGGCAGACGAGUCGUUGCGAUAUCUUCGCCAGCAGACUGGUGGUGACGAGGAUUUGUAUCAGACGUUGCGCACGCAGCUGGCGGAGUUUCAUUCUCGGGAGGGCGAUUGGACGUAUGGAGGGGCCGAGGGAGACAGGGAUGCGCCGCCUGCAAAGGGGAGAAGGAGACGUCACAGGUGGGGCAGUGAGAACGCUAUUCCUCUUCCUCGUGAUGAGGGUGUUAGGCCGGCUGACCGAGUCACCGAGGCACAGCGCGACCGACAGGUCCAGCGCGGGCGGAAGGAUCGCCUUUCAAAGACACCUCCCAGCGUCGCGACGUAUUUUGGUCGUCACGCCACGGUGCUCAUGGCGCAUGAGUUGGAGUCGGUGUACGAUCCCGAGCCUGAUCCCAUGGCUCAUGACGCGAUGGAGGCCGAGCCGUGGUCCGAUCCGGAUGACUUGGCCAUGGAAACAGAGCCAGGAGGUUCUGAUGACGAUGACGACCACACUCCUCUCAUCCAGAUUCCGCGUCCUCGCACACGUGCGUCCACGUCGGCCGCUGCACCGUUUCCCGCAGCACCCCCUCCUUCGAGUGCUCCCGACGUCUCACAGCCAGGCCCGACAGACCAUGUUGAGAGCAAUACGCCACACUCUUGGACCAAUCGUUGCGGACAGGGAGGGACUCGCGAGCGUGUCGACGAGGCAGACGAUGGUGAUGGCGACGAUAGGGAGGGAUAUGAGGGCAGCAGUGAGGAUGAGGAUGAUCCCUGUUAUUCCCCGACUCGCGGACAAGGUGACGACGACGACGACGAGGGCGGCGAUGGUGGACGGGCUGAGGGUGGUUUGCGGAAGUCUGAGAGACAGCGUGGCGACCGAUGCAGUGCUACAGGCAGGGGAGGCAGCGGGCCGGGUGUUGGGGGUGCAGGGCGCACAGGUGGUGCAGGGCGUGCUGGCACAGGAAAAGUAAGGCAAGAGUCUGCAUCGUCCACGCGCACUAUGCAUUGGGUUGACGAGGAGAGGCCCGCAGAGGCAGCUGUGGUUGUUCCUUCCCCUAUGGAGGUUGCUCCCUCCCCUGCAGAGUUCGUUGCGGUGUUUGCAGAGGGCGCAACUGCAUCUGCGGAGGGUCCAGGCGGGUUUGCGGGUGGUAGUGGUGAUGCUGGAGAGGUUGGGAGGCCAUUUGCACAGCGGCCACGCCCGUUAGUCAAAUACUUCGUGACAUACCUUCAUGCAGCACGGGCGACAUCAGUAGUAGCAUGUUGCAGGAGGCAGCAGAGGGGGCACCGGGUGUUGGGGCAGCACGAGCGUGCAGCUGGGGAUGAUGGGGAGUGUCGACCUGUGCAGGAGCGGGCGACAGAGUCUGAGCAGGACAAGAUCGACCUCGAGGAGAGGAGGAGGGCGAAGGGGUUGGCUAGCCGCUGCGAGAUGAUGCAGAGUGUUGCAUUGAGGGCACGUGUAGCGCGGAUGCUCGAGACGGGCGUUGAGGCAGGUGAUGUAGAGGGCGAGUGCGGCGCUGCGGGCAUAGGGGAUGCGGGCGAGAGACCUGCGUCRCCAGUUCAGGGUGUUUACGUAUUGCCUCUCGGUGGGGCCAUGUCGGCGGGGGAGUUUGAGCGGCAGGCACGGGAGGACCCGUUGCAGGCAGAUCGCCGGGGGCGGAUGACCGAGGCGUCAAGGAGACUGAUGGCAGAGGCCCCGACUUACGUGCCUUGCAGUCCGUCAGUGCCAUCGUCCACCACAGGUGUCAGCAGACCCGCAUAUGUGGAGGGCACAGUCGCGGCAGAGGCGGUACGGGGCCCCUCGCCGACACCCGCCGAGGAGUCUCCUUCUCCUCUGUCACGGAAGAAGAAGAUGAGAGCAGGGAAAAGUCUUAGUACCGUGAGGAGAAUGACGCAGAUGAUGCGGGCGAGUCAUCCUGGGUUGGCCGGUUUACAUCCGCGGACACGGGCGAUCUUGAGCGGGGACGUUGUUGCAGACGCAGCAGGAUGGCAGGAGAGGGUCUCCGACCGAGCGAUGGAUCAGCCCAUGAGCGCACCUGCUAAGGCGACGUUGCCACAUACUGCAGGGCGUACAGCGGCCACCGCCGACCACGCCGAGCACAGUGCGCCCCCCGGGAGGAGCAUGGCUGCACGUAUAUUGCGGGAGGAUGUGAGGGCAGCGACAACGCAGCGACCGUCACAGGCGCCGGUCGUUUGGGAGUCUGGCACAGACGAUUUGGAGAUGCCUUAAGGCCAGCGGAGGAGGGUUUCCGUGUACGAUCUUCUUCGACCACAGGGAGGGGUUGAGGCGGCGCCACAGGGGGAGUGUGCCGGACCCGCCGGGAUGGCGGUCCGUUAGGAUGGAGACGAAGAAGGAGGUAGAGAUGGAGCUGGAGGGGACAGCGCAGCUCCGACGCA